UCGCGCUUCGAAUCUGCUUGGAAGGUGCCAACGCCAGCUUUGCGCAAGUAGGGGCUGGCAACACACUCUAUGACCAUUACGCCGCAUUGCUUAGUUCUCUGAGAGGCCAGCAAUAAAUAAAUAUAUUGAAAGGACGCAAGUAAUCAAGCAAACUAGAUCAACGAAACCACCAAACCAGCCAUACCCAAUGCAAAACAAACAAGCGAGUGCGUAUCAGAGCUCUUCUCUUCUGAAAACUAGCCCUUGGCUUAUUCCCGGACAGACUUACUGCUACGCGACUAGCACACCCACAGCCAUGGUCACACACAUUGUUCAGCUUCCAAGCGGGCAGGCGUAGCAGACACGCGAGGCGUACGAGGCACCUCAAAACCAAGAACAGUUCGAAGGCAAAUGCGAAGGGUCAUUCUUAUACGGCACGGAAACGCCCAAAGUACAGAGCAAAUCAUCGGUUCUCUUAAUGCGCAUCCACGCGUAAACGUAGUUUGAGCCUGAGACCGCGGUUAAAAAUAGAAAACGAAACCAGACCCGACGCCAAGCGAUGCAGAUGUCAUCGUCAGCAGACUUUCAUCCGGGGCCUGACACGUUCCGAUGCGUUCCGCGUCGAACGGUCGUCAAUCCAGCGGGUUCGGAAGUAGACGCUGUUAGCGAAACUGCGCAAUAGGUGAGCGUUUUGUCGGGAACGCUGUCAACGCUGCCGUGCCCGCUGUCCGUGAACUCGACUGCCUGCACGGACGAUAAUCUCAUGGCUGCUUUUAACAUCGACUACACUCCUGCGAGCAGCGUCACCGUGCAUAGCCGGGCUGCGCCGCCGUACGACGGAAACCCGAUAGAAAUGCGCAGGUACUACUUCCACGGCACACUCGUCGACGUUCCGGUCGUUCUUGGUGGCACGCCGCAGCUAUUUGUUCGCAUCCCCUGCGGACUGAUGAUGACCAGCUUGCCGAACGGAGGGAUGGACGACAGGCCCCGGAGUCGGUUUGUUGUGCACUCCGUCCCUUGUUACUGCCCCGCGCUAGCUGGCUCCGGGCCGUUUCCAGCGGUUGCCGUGCCCGCCUACGGAGAGGUGGAACUGGCCGAGCAUGCCCCGAUUCAGGUUCCGAUGCUUGCUCAGGUGUCGCCGGCCAUCCCGGUUCAACACCUGGGUGUGUCCGAUGCCUCCGCCAUGCCCGUUCUACUGACACCAGUUUCAGCUGACGCCGACGCACUGUCGCAAACGCCGGUGACGGCCCUGAUGGGGACGCCAGCUGCUCGGGCAAUGAAGAAGCCGUCGGAGUGGACGGUGAACGAGGUCGCGGAGUUUAUAAGGCAAAUUCCGGGAUGCGCCCGCUACGUCCGAGUGUUCCGGGCACACCAGAUCGAUGGCGGCGCUUUGCUGCUCCUGUGCGAGCACCACCUUAUCUCGGUCAUGAACAUCAGCGUUGGCGCGGCCGUCAAGAUCCGCUCGGCGAUAAAGUGGCUGCGCCGUAAGGAGAAUGAAGGACCAGUGGGUCCAUAGUGAACCUUUGCCUCCCCCGUGUUAUGCUGAGUGUGUUCAUCAUCGCUUCUUUCGCUGACAGCAAGUCCGGUUGUUGUUAAUUCACAUUUUAUGGCCAAGUCGCGCAUAGACGCUAGUCACGAUUGGCGCUACGUUGCAGCCUGCCACGUGACGGCAUCGUUGUUCAGCGUUGCCGUGCGUUACUGUAAAAUGCUUUUAUUUCGCGAAAUAAAUUAUUUUGUGGGUCGUGUU